AUGUCUGGUCAUUAAAUCAUUACUUAACCUUAGAGUCGUAGUCAAUAUCAGAGUAACAACAAUAUCUUGACAGCUCAACCAAUUCAAUAAUAAUCUUAAAAUCCUUUGAACUAUCCAAGUAAUGCUAUUCCUGCUCCUUUUAUGCCUCCUCAAAUGACUCAAUAAUCAUAAAUGCAAUCUCAAGUAUACUAACCAAAAUUGAUGGAAAAUACAGUGAGAAUGUAGUAAUAACCUGAAGUACAUUGUCCAUUUUGUUUAACUUGUUAAUAACAUAAGAAUGAUUUAUUAGCAAGAUAAGAAAUAUAAAAAGCUAAGCCAUAAGGAAAUAGUAAUUUUCCAGAUUAUGAAUAUGGCGUUUGUCCUGAUUGUGAAGGUGUAACUGGGGAUGGAGAUCCAGAAGAUGAUAUUGGAACAGAAAAUUAGAAACUUCGAGAUGAUAUAGCUGCUAAAGCUAAAGCAAAUAGAAAAUUAAGGAAUGAUGUGGCUCGAUUAUAAACUGAAUUAGAUAGAAUUAAACAUUUACCAGAAGAAAAUGAGAAAUUAAAAGCAAUGAUAGGUCCUUUAGAAGCUUAGUUAAGAGAUGCAAGACAUAAAAAUUAAGAUUUACUUGAUGACAAUAAUAAAUUAGGAAAUGUAUACUAUUUAUUUUAUUAUUAUAAUAGUAAGUCAAAGAUCUAAGAAAUAAUAUAGAUAAAGCUAAUAAUGCAGCAAAAGAUAAUGAUAAUCUAAAAAAAGAGAUUGAUGAUCUAAAAAAGAAGAAUAAAGAUAAUGAUAAGGUGUUGGAAGAGAAUAAUGAUCUUAAGAAUAAAUUAAAUAGAUUAAAAGGUGAUAGAGAUAAAAUGUUAGCAGAUUUGGCAGCUUUGGAAAAAUAAAAUGGAGCCAUCAAGUAACAAAUUAUUAAGUUUUAAGGGAUAAAUUAGGUAAAUUGGCCAAAGAAAAUAAUGAUCUCUAAAAAGAUUUAGGAGAUUUAAAAAAGGUUAAUAAGGAUUUGGAAAAGAAAUGCAAUGAUCUUUAAUUAGAUAAUGAUAAUUUGCAUUUGAAUUUAGGUGAUGUUAAAGGUGAUAGAGACAAAGCAAAAGAUUAAUUAAAUGAUUUACAUAAAAAUAGAAAUUAAUUACUUGAUGAAUUAGGCAAAGUAAGAGAUAAAUUAAAAGAUGCAGAGUAUAUAUAUAAUUAUAUUAUUUUAGAAAAGAUAAAGAUGAUCUUGGUAAAAAAUUGAACAAUGUUCAAAAUGAUGCAAAAAAGGCAGGAGAUGUACCUAAAUUAAAAAGAUAAUUAGAUAAUGCAUUGUUAGAAUUAGAUGAUUUGAAGGCUGAAAGAUAAGAAUUAGAGUAAUCUAAUUACUUAUAUUUAGUUAACAUUUAAAAUAAGUUCAUGAUGACUAUAAUAAGGCUUUGAAAAUAUUGAAAGACAAUGGUUUAUUAGGAUUAUUGGAUCCAUCUGAAUAGUAACCUGUUUAAAAACCUAAUCCUAAUGGAUAGUUUGGACCAGCUGGUUAAAAUUAACCAUACAAUCCAAAUUAACAACCUCUUUAUGCUCCAAAUGGAUAACCUCUCUACGGUUCUAAUGGAUAACCACUAUAUGGUCCUUAAAAUGGCCAGCCUGUUUAUGGACCAAAUGGAUAACCUAUUUAUGGACCUAAUGGUCAACCAAUUUAUGGUCCUAUUGGAUAAUAUGGACAACCAGGUCAAUAGGUUAAUAGUGCAUAUUUAGGAACUCCUAAUUAGAUUUCUUAGAACAAAAUGGGAGUUAAUCCUAUGAAUUAAUCAAAUUAAUGGGGAGGUGUUAGUGGAAAUGCUGGGAGACCCUCUUAUGAAGAGCUUAUGUUAGAUAACAUUAGAAUGAAGAAAUGUAUUGAUUAGUUAAACUAUGAUUUAAAGAAUAGUAAAAAGUGA